AUGCUGUUCGGCAUCGGCUUAGCCUUCUUGUCUUGGUGGAGUAAGAGUUCAAAAUAAACAUAUUUUAACCAAAGAACGCCUGUUUAUGCAUAAUAUCUAUUUUAACACUCGUUGCUCUCACAUUUUGGAUCAUGGAUUGUAUGGCCAUCAUUUUUAAGAUAAAUCUUCAAACCUUUUUAAUUUCAAACGUUGUUAAUUCCUAGUGGUUAAGAGCUUGUGCAAAUUGUCACGCAAGAAAUUUGUGUUGAAAGGUGAAAAAGCAUAUAUCAAUAGCGCAACAACAUGCAUGACCUUCUGUUUAAUGUAGUUGACUUUGCGGGUGAUCUGUGUGUCGCUUCGUUUGUGCUUGUGACCAACUGUAAAGCUAGCAACAAGCUUAACUGGUCCUCCCAGCAUAUCGAUGCCGCCCGUUUUGCGAGCGUUUCAAGGAGACGAAGUAAAGUGCUCUAUGGCAGGAACUCCUCCUAUGUACACAGGGAUACUAAACGAAUCAAUGGUACUGGUGGACACAACAAGCACUCCAACUAUCAAGUUACUUAUGGCAGGAAACUUCUCUUGUGUGGCUACCAGAAAUUAUGGCUCAGACCUG